AGCGGCGGCGGCGCUGGGCGAUGCGGAGCGGCCGGGCCCCGGGCAGAUGAUGGCGAUACGCGAGCUGAAAGUGUGUCUGCUUGGAGAUACUGGGGUUGGGAAAUCAAGCAUCGUUUGUCGAUUUGUCCAGGACCACUUUGAUCACAAUAUCAGUCCCACUAUUGGAGCAUCCUUCAUGACUAAAACUGUGCCUUGUGGGAAUGAGCUUCAUAAAUUUCUGAUCUGGGAUACAGCUGGUCAGGAGCGGUUUCAUUCCUUGGCUCCAAUGUACUACAGAGGCUCAGCAGCAGCAGUGAUAGUUUAUGAUAUCACCAAACAGGAUUCAUUUCAUACUUUGAAGAAAUGGGUGAAAGAGCUAAAAGAACAUGGUCCAGAAAACAUUGUAAUGGCCAUCGCUGGAAAUAAAUGUGAUCUUUCUGAUAUCAGAGAGGUACCUAUGAAGGAUGCCAAAGAAUAUGCAGAAUCUAUAGGUGCAAUUGUUGUUGAAACCAGUGCAAAGAAUGCUGUUAACAUUGAAGAACUCUUUCAAGGAAUAAGUCAGCAAAUUCCACCUUUAGAUCCUCAUGAAAAUGGUAACAAUGGAGCAAUCAAACUUGGAAGGCAGACUUCACAGACGGGUAGGCGGUGCUGCUGACCCAACUUGAUCUUUUGAGAUUUACUUGAAAAACAGCUCCAUUUACUCUUUCAUGGAGAAAGGACUUCAUGAUCUCAGUGACGUGGCUCCUUAUCUUGAAAGCAGUAAUUUCAAUACUUCCCGUGAGUAAUAACACAAGGACCAGAAGCAGAAAGCUUUACUUCAGAUGGAUUUUGUAAAACCUACUUGGAAAAUCCUUCCUAAUAUCUUGUCGAAAUUAGUGUCCAAGUAUUCUGAUGCUCUGUUUCAGCUGAUGACUGUCCUUUUUAAAUAAAAAGAACCUUUUAUAUAAAUUCUAGAUUUGCUACCGAAAAAAUCUUUUUACAUUACAAAGUGGACGUGGCAUGUUUUUAGAGUUUUCUGUUUCGCACUGUGUGAGGGUGCGAAAACCCAUAAAACCUGAAUUUUGGCUCAGUUUCUCUGCCUUGUUAGCUGGACUCUGCUUCUGUAUUUUUCUAGAUCUGUAGCUUCAUCUUAUGCUUUCAGUAAAUACCAGCAAGAAUUGAACUGAAUUUGCUGACUAGAAGAAUGGAUCUGAAGGAUGAGCAAGUGCAGUUUGUUCAGGCUGCAAGUCAACAUCUGUGUCAAGAGGAGCUGUGCAUGUGAAAGAAGGAAUUGUCACGAAGGAGGCUGUUGGACCUCACUGCUCUGGAAAGAACUGAAGUAGCAGCAGCUGCACUUUGCUUGAAAUGAUUUUCAAGGCAUACGCUUCAUUAAUUGCUGAAAUUGUUAAAAACACGAAUACCAGCUUAAUCUCUAUUGCUUACCAAGUUUCUGCCCUGUCUGAGUCCCAGGCUAAGAUUUCUCAGCUUAACAGUCCCAGUUCUGUUUCUAAAAGAGUGCCACCCUGCCCCUGUGGGCCAGGACUCCUUUCCUGGCUCGCUCCAAGACAUCCCUGCAAGGCUGUUGGAGAACAACAGUUCUGUGCAAAAAUGGUUUGGGCUUAAAGACUGGAACCUGAUAAAGCAGCAUAGAGUGUUUCCUUACAAGUGCAAUUCUCUUCCUUUGUGGAAUAGUCUCUUCAGCAACAUGGGGAUGCAAUAUGAGGAACUACUGCAUGAUGCCUUUGAAGCUUAUUUGCAGCACAUGCUAGAAAAAUAAAUCCCAGAGAUGGCUAUGAACUAGAAAUAAUGUAAAAUUGUGUUCUUCACUUCCAUCUCUUAUGAAUAUAUGUGACUGAUUUUGCUUUUUCAUCGGUUCAGUUGGAAAUCUAAACAAGGGUGAAUUCACCUCAUAGUCCAACAUUGAUUUGUUCUCUUAUUGGGAAAAUAGACCUCAUCAUACCUUUUCUGGGGGCCUUAUGAAAAAUAAAAGAGGAAAGUAACCUUCUUCUAUAAACCAUAAAUAGGCAGGCUAGAGCUGGGCUUCAGUGUUUGUGCAUAAACCCAGACUUUCUUGCUAGGCUGUGUGGUUGCUUUGAUAAAAUAGUACUAAUUAUUAGUGGUUGAACCAGAGCCGAGUCUACUGAAUGGGAUUAUUUCCUUUUCUUUGAAGGGCUUAAAUAAUUAAGAUCAGCUGAGAUGUUUCCCACCUCAUCUUAUCUAAGAUCCCGAACUACGCUGGUUUUUCACCUACUAUCCUCUCUGAUUUUGGAUUCUUUUGAAAGCGCUCACACCUGGAAAUUUGUAAGCACAAACACAAGAGCUCCCAAUAGAAAGGAUAGUUAGGGUGACCUUUCAGUUUUGUCACCUGUGCUGAUCAUGCCUACUACUUAAUUGCAGCAACUGUUCUAUUGAUAAUCCAUCGUUGUUCACAUGAGAAUUCAGCGGUCAUCACAGUCUAUAGUUUGUAAGGCUCCUUUAGGGACCAUCCAAGACAUCUCCACAAGGCUGUUGCAAGAACCACAGUUCCAUUCAAAAAUGAUUUGGGCUUAAAGGCUGGGAUGUAAUAAAGCAAAAUAGAGUGUUUCCUUACAUCCCAUCCCAGUGUGUCUGCUUGGGGAACCCAGGCAACUACAGUAGGGCAGGGGAGUUAACUGUGUCCUAAACUAAUAGGAACUGAUCGCUAAUACAGAUUAAUGCUAUUGAUGGGAUCUGUGGCUCAUCUGUGAAAGGCUAGACUUGGUAUCAAGAAAACAAGGUGAGGUGGAACCCACAUGUUUUAACACAAAAUUUAGCUCAAUGUGUAGUAGUUAUGCAUAACUGAUUUUUAAGUUUUCAUAGAUCUGUAUGGUAUCUGUCUUCAUAAUGUGAUGUCUCAAAUCUCAUUAAGCCUUACUUGAGAUAGCUGAAGGCUUUGUAAGACAGUUCUGCAAGUACUGUAUACUCCUAAUUUCUGAUACAACUGGCCUUUUAUGAGGAUCUGAAUGGGAUAGAUAUUGUCUUGACCAACCAGUUCUCACAGCUGCCACUGAGCUGCUUGUGAUUCAGAACAGGUUUUUGAGUUACGCCUUUAAAGAGUGUAAAAUUGGAAAUCAUUACAAUGGAUUUAUGGCAGAUUUUAGAAUUCAAAUACUAGCAAAGUAGGCUCAAAGCUAUUUUUGCAUUAGGUGGGCCAAAUUUCAAUCACCUUGUUCUUCUUUUUCUCACUCGAAUAAGUUUGUAGAAUCUUGGAGUCACAGAAUGGUUUGGGUUGGAAGGGACCUCAAAGCCCACCCAGCCCCC